AUGGUCUCCGAUUUGGUCCUCUACCAAAUCGGAGAUAGUCCCAAACUAGAUGGCCCGUAUGAAAUUUUGGAAGACGAAUUAAGAACAAAAAGACAGUUAAACAGUUUACCUCUUGUAUAUCCAUAUGGAAGUACUUACAAGUUCAUCGUAGGUUUUAGUCAGCCUGUACCCACGCCGGACUAUAUCAGCCUCUCGUUCGCCGCAAACUUCCAAUACCAGUACGUCCAAUUCCAAAACAUCUCCGAGCUAUCCCGGUACUACGUCAUAGAAGAUAUAUCCCGGGAGCAAAGGGCGGCCAAUCUCGCGGUCAGGAAAGAUGAAAGGUUGACGUUUUACAGAGCUAUGUCCGACAUGUUGGAUACUAAAGGUUUCAAUGGUCGUGAAUGUAUGCUGAGAGCAAUCUGUGAAGCUGCUCAAUAUCCUGUAGAAGAAGAGGGUCUGAUAGGAGAGAUAAUACAUAUUUUGCUAACGCCAGAUUAUGGAAAGUCGCCGUUUGAUAGUGAAGAUUUGGAAUGGGAGGAGUCCAUGGCAAUCUACACGGAUGCUGCGACAGCUGGCCGUCAAAUGUUCAGCUGCCCAGCAGUUUACAGCGAUUGUCCUGAAGGUCAAGGCGUGAUGGAGCUAAUAUCUAUACUUAGAGAUGAAUAA